UUUACCACUGUACUACACACCUGCAGGCUGCUGUGUGGCUGUAGGUUGUCACACCCUGAAGACUUAAGAGGCGUAAUGCUCCCAUUGUAGCAGCAAUGUUAAUUUUAAACGUGCUAUUUAACAUAAGGCAGCCUGCAGGCAGUAAUCUUCCGUAGUUUGUGUAGGUUUAAGAGCUGGGUCUUCAGGGCAAAUUAAUGCUUUUCAUCUCUAAGAGGCUUACAAACGAGAGCCCCACCAAUAUAAACUUUCACUGUUGUGUAGUCGAGCAUUUACAGAUAAUUGUAUGCAAUUGUACCGGGUUUUGAAGGCGGAAGAGUUUGUAUAAAUAACAUACUUAAAAUAAAAAUGUGGAUUUGCAUAGCUGUCACCUUGAAAGCGUUCUAAAAAAAGGUCCUUCUAAACAAAAGUGUGUGCAACAAGAGGAGAUGUCAGUUCCUCAAGGAAGAGGAGAGACAAUAUGGGGGAGAGACCCCUGAGCACCCCAGUGAGUACCCACAGAAAGGGCCGUGCAGUAGCAUUUGGGCAGAGGACAGCUCUAAUUAAAACAAAGUUAAAGGAGAAAGUUCUAGUUUUGGCCUGGUUGUGAAAACAGACUUUUCUUCCCCUGCCCUGAGAACAGAGAUGGUUUUAGAACUCGAGGCACACGCUCACUUUUCCUGCAGCGAUUCUACACGAAGACCACUGAGGAGCGCUUGGUUUCCUCCCGUUGUCCCGCUCCCCAGGAGCACGCCUGCAGCGGGAUGCGUUAGGGUGGGAAAUCUCAAGGGAGCAGGCUGCAUUUUAGUCAUUUUUCCUCCCUUUGAAACCAAACCUACCGAACCACCACGUGUGGACACACUGGAGUGCUACAGGGGCACCCGAGCGCUCCCCGUCUUUUGUGAGAACUUUCGGAAACGGGGACGGCGCCUCAAGAGGACGGCCACUUAUCCUCUUGCAGGUGCAGCAGAGGACAGCUCCGGCCUAGCUCAGCUGGCUCCGCCCGGCAGCGCCGAACCCCAACCCCGGCACCAGCCCUCAGCGGGGGCGGCAGUGGGCCCGCCCCACCCGGCCACGCCGUUCGGCCGCCUCGCACCGCGGAGCCCACGCGCGGCACCCCAUGAGCGGCCGCAGCCAGGAGGCGGCGCUGCCCGGGCCGGCGCCUUUAAGGGGCCGGGGGCGGUGGGCGGGUUCCUGCGCGCCGGGGCCGCCCCCGCUGCUCCCCGCCGGCUGCCGGGCAGAGGGCAGCGCCCGCGGGCGGGAUCCGCGGCCAUGGCGCUGCCGCUGCUCCUCCUGCUGGGAGCCGGCGGGCUGCGGGCGGCCGAGCGGAGCAGCGGCGGCGGCGGCAGCAGCAGCGCCAUGGAGGAGCUCGCCACCGAGCAGGAGGCGGAGGAGAGCCACCGGCAGGACAGCGUGAGCCUCCUCACCUUCAUCCUGCUGCUCACCCUCACCAUCCUCACCAUCUGGCUCUUCAAGCACCGCCGCGUCCGCUUCCUCCACGAGACCGGGCUCGCCAUGAUCUACGGACUGAUUGUUGGGGUAAUCUUGAGAUACGGCACUCCCUCUUCCAGCGGCCGUGAUAAACCCCUCAGCUGCUCACAGGAGGACCGGCCAUUCACAACCCUGCUGGUCAACGUCAGUGGGAAGUUCUUUGAAUAUACACUCAAAGGGGAAAUAAGCCCUGGGAAGAUCCACAAUGUGGAGCAAAAUGACAUGUUGCGAAAGGUUACAUUUGACCCAGAAGUUUUUUUCAACAUUCUGUUGCCUCCUAUUAUUUUUCAUGCUGGUUAUAGCCUGAAGAAGAGACACUUUUUCAGGAAUUUGGGGUCAAUUUUGGCCUAUGCCUUUUUAGGAACAGCAGUCUCUUGUUUUAUCAUUGGGAAUCUCAUGUAUGGGGUUGUGAAACUAAUGAAGUUGGUGGGACAGCUCUCUGAUAAAUUCUACUAUACAGAUUGCCUCCUCUUUGGAGCGAUAAUAUCUGCCACUGAUCCAGUUACCGUGCUAGCAAUAUUUAAUGAGCUGCACGCUGAUGUUGAUCUCUAUGCUCUUCUGUUUGGGGAGAGUGUGCUGAACGACGCUGUUGCCAUUGUAUUAUCUUCGUCUAUAGUUGCCUACCAGCCAACAGGUGAAAAUACCCAUGCUUUUGAUGCAGCAGCAUUUUUCAAGUCAGUUGGUGUUUUCCUGGGAAUAUUCAGUGGUUCUUUCAUGAUGGGAGCAGUGACAGGAGUAGUGACAGCUCUGGUGACAAAGUUUACCAAGUUACACUGCUUCCCUCUGCUGGAAACGGCUCUCUUCUUCUUAAUGUCCUGGAGCACUUUCUUGCUAGCAGAAGCCUGUGGAUUUACUGGUGUGGUGGCUGUCCUCUUCUGUGGAAUUACUCAGGCACAUUACACGUACAAUAACUUGUCAGUUGAAUCAAGAAGUCGCACUAAGCAGCUAUUUGAGGUAUUGCACUUCCUGGCUGAGAACUUCAUCUUUUCUUAUAUGGGUUUGGCACUGUUUACUUUCCAGAAACACAUAUUCAGCCCAGUUUUCAUCAUUGGAGCUUUUAUUGCGAUCUUUUUGGGCAGAGCUGCACACAUCUACCCUCUUUCCUUCUUGCUGAAUCUGGGCAGAAGGCAUAAGAUCAGCUGGAAUUUUCAACACAUGAUGAUGUUUUCAGGUCUCAGGGGAGCCAUGGCCUUUGCUCUGGCCAUACGAGAUACUGCUACCUAUGCUCAUCAGAUGAUGUUCUCAACAACUCUCCUCAUUGUCUUUUUCACUGUGUGGAUUGUUGGUGGAGGCACAACUCCUAUGCUGUCAUGGCUGAACAUCAGAGUUGGUGACCAUGUUCCAUCGGUGGAAGAGAUGAGUGAAAGCCGCUGGCUGUAUUUCAGGGUUGGGGUUGACCCAGAUCAGGACCCUCCACCUACUAAUGACAACUUUCAAGUCUUACAAGGAGAUGGUCCAGAUUCUGAAAGAAGGAACAGAACAAAGCAGGAAAGUGCAUGGCUCUUCAGGCUAUGGUAUAGCUUUGACCACAAUUAUUUAAAGCCAAUUCUCACUCACAGUGGCCCUCCAUUGACCACAACUCUACCCAGCUGGUGUGGCCUCGUAGCCCGCUGCCUGACGAGUCCCCAGGUUUAUGAAAAUCAAGAACAACUUAGAGAAGAGGAUUCUGAUUUUAUUCUCAAUGACAGUGACCUCACUGUGACAUACGGCGAUACAACAAUAACUGCAAACGGUUCUUCUGGCCCCCAUACAGCCACCACCAGCCUCGAUGGCAGGAGAACAAAGAGCAGUUCAGAGGAAGCACUGGAACGCGACUUAGGAGCAGCAGAGCAUGAAGUUGCAAGCAGGGGUACCCGGCUAGUAUUUCCUCUGGAAGACAAUGCGUGAUUACUGACUCAGUAAAAACAGCUCUCGCUCUGCGGAUGGAUCAAGGAAGACUGCUGGCCACUGUGUCACUUGAGGUGGGGGUGUUUGUUUAAACAAGUGAAUGUGUUUAAGUGGUUUUACUAAGGUCUGAAGACGUCGCCUAUUUUUUACUCAAGAUGCUGACAGUGGGGAUUUUCUAGAUGUCUGAAAACAGACAAACGAGAACUGGCCAUUCUCUUCUUUUACACCACACAUUGAAUCUAAGCGUAACUAGCAUGCUGCAAUUGUCUUGUUCAGCUGCAGCAGCUCUCUGUGAGAAGAGGCGUGUGACAACAUUGUCAUAGAACUGAGCUUGUCUUGGCUUAGCUUGUGAAUGUGGAAGAAGAAAUAUAAACGUGAUGAUCACGGAGAUCAAAAGGAAUGCGUAUGUAUCUGAAUGUGGAGAGGUCCAUUUACUUCUCUAGCGAGGUUGAGAAAUCCAGAGGUAAAAUGGGACGGUAUGCCUUAGGACUACAGAUGCAUGAAUGCAACACUGGCAAGUCUGUUACUACAAUCUGUUCUUCAUGUAUUUCAGGGAAAAAAGGGAAAAUAAGAUUUUGUUACUGGCCAUGUGUUUAAAUAGGAAGACACUGAGAGCUGUUUGUCCCUUUAGCUUUGGGCACCUUGACUGCUACCAUUAGCCGAACUCCUCUUGCCUCAAAAGAGUAACACCCAUGUUCUUGUGGUCUGAGACAUGCCUGACCUGACACAAGCCUGGAGCCAGGCUCUCGGGUAGAAGUCAGGAGGGAAAACUUUCUCUCCCUUAAGACUGCGAAAAAUCAGGUGAAGAUAGAUGGAAAUGUGUCUUGGGCUGGGGAAAACAGCUGGUAAGAGGAGCAGAUCAAAAAAGAGGGGAAAGAAAAAAAAAAAAAAAAAAGCAGUAUUGAACCCACACAGAGAUUUCAUAUUUCUCAGAAGAGUCCAUGGGGUCUGCUGACAGUUCUUGUGCGUGAUAAACAGCAAACAUUUAAUUAAAAGGACAGACAAAUACACUGGCUUUCCCAUUUGUGUCUAUCCUAAAAGAAAGGUGUUUACCGCUAUUCUCUUUUGCAGAGUAGAUGUGAAACUUCAGUGGGGCAUUGCCCAAUAAUGUAUAAGCUACAGCAGUGACGAACUGUAGCAGCAUCUUAAGCGUGAAAAGGGAAAAUCUUUGCCUAGUAUGUAGCCCACUCACACGCAGGCUAGCUUUAACGUGUCGCUAAACGCUUCUUACUUUCCAGGUGAGGCGAUAUCAUUGUCUUUGCUUACAGCUGAAAACUGUUGCGCCUUGAAGAGCAGUUCAGCUACUCAAAGCAUGCUAAAAUGUCGUGUCAUUCUCAUGUCUCAGGAGGUUUAUUUUUUUUAAAACGAUUCUGUGGCCCACUAAUGUGAUGUAAUAUCAGUUUGUCUAAAAAGUGUGGUUUCUUUCUUGCUGCCAUUUCGGUUGUUCCUCAUCAAAUUGUGUGUGAGUAAAUACCCAUUGUUUCUCCUUAACUAUUAAACUUAAUGCUUGGCUAAUGAUGACAACGUACUGCUGCAGAGAAACACUGCAGUCCUAUGGUCAAGUCUACUUUCUUUCAGUUGUUUGCUAAUGAGUGAUCUACCUCCAGUAUGUGUCCCUCCUACGUAUGUUUUUAAAGGGCAUUGAUCUUUAAUGACUGCCUGACAUUAAAAAAAAAAAAAAGAAGAAGAAGAAACAAGAAAACUAGAAACUUUUUAAUUUUUGGUUGGGAAAAC